AUGGUUGGAUUGGAUCUUACACCUGAUAUGGUCUCAUAUACCACAGUAAUUGAUAGUCUUUUCAAAAUGGGAAGCGAAGAUGAUGCUCUAGACCUGUUUAGAGAAAUGGCGUUCCACAUAGGCAUUCUACCUAAUUCUGUCACUUACAGCUCUUUACUUCAUUGCCUUCGUAUCUUAUCACAUGAGAAUGAUAUCUCAAAAUUGCUCAAGGAUAUGGAGGACAAAGGGGUGUAUGUAGAUCUUCGGACGUUUAAUAUAUUUGUGGAUGCAUAUUGCAAGGAAGGUCGCAUGGAAGAUGCUGAAAGUCUUGUGAAGUUGAUGAUCCAGAGAAGGAUGGGUCCUAAUGUAGUGACAUACAGAUGGCUUAUUGAUGGGUAUUGUUUUCUAGGUAAAAUGAGCGAAGCAUGGGGAAUUUUUGUUUUGAUGAGGCGUAGAGGUGUGAUUCCUAAUGUUGAUAUUUACAAUAGUUUGUUAGAUGGGUAUUUUAAGGAUUCUGAGACAGAAGAUGCCAUGGAUUUGUUUCAUGAGAUGAUGAAACUCGGUGGGAUUACUUAUGACAAUAUGGGAUUGUUUCGAGUUGGAUGUUGUACAGAAGAACAGGAACUCUUUAAUGAGGUGCAGACACCAAAUGAAUAUACUUUCAAGAUAGUGUUGGAGGGUCUAUGCAACAACAAUCAAGUAGAGGAAGCAGUCUCUUUGUUUCAUUCGAUGGGUGAUGAGAAGUUUAGUUUGAAUAUUGGUCUAUACAAUAUACUCAUUAAUGGUGCAAGAACAAAUGGGAAGCUUGAUAUUGCGAGGAGUCUUUACAAUGAACUAACUAAAAAAGGAGGAACAGAACUUGUAAAAUAUAAAAGAAGUUUGAAGGGUACGGGUGAACUCGUAUCGCCAUUUUUACUCCAGCCACCACCACCAUGUGUUACACUUUCAGCCGCCACCUUCUUCUUGUUCUUCCGACCAGUCAAGAGCGUCGCCUGCUGCCUCACCGACGAGUACCAUCAUAUUGUUGCCAUCGAAGACGUAAGGAAGCCGGAGGAGCCACCGAGACCCACGAAGGAGGCGGUGAACGCUGCUGUUGAGCAUGAACGACCUGAAACUCUCGGUUAG